CGGGGGCGGGGCGCAGCCGCAGCAGCCCCCGGGGACCGCCCUACACUGUGCGGUGCACCUCGGUGCGGCAACCUGCAGAGCCCCGCUAGCUAAAAUGUAAUUUCAGAUUGGACAACUGGGUCUUGCAGCCUUCUGACCGCCUCCUGGUCUUCUGGGAGUCUCCUGUUAAUGAGGCCCUCUGCCUGGCUCUUGAUCUGAUGAUCACUGGCCUGGCUCUUGGAGGGAUCAGCUGAGGAGGACCUGCAUGUGGGCGGCCCAGAGGACUGUUGAUUAAGGAUGAUGGGGGAACAGACCAGAGAGGGUGGAGGGACCACAAUGCCUGGCAGAGAUCAGGAACCAGGGAGCUACUACGUGGGUGUGGACGUUGGGACAGGCAGUGUGCGUGCGGCUCUGGUGGACCAGAGGGGCAUCCUUUUGGCUUUCGCAGACCAGCCGAUCAACCAGUGGGAGCCUCAGUUCAACCACCACGAGCAGUCCUCCGAGGACAUCUGGGCCGCAUGCUGUGUUGUCACAAAGCAAGUUGUACAAGGGAUUGAUGUAAACCAAAUCCGAGGGCUUGGGUUUGAUGCCACGUGUUCUCUGGUGGUUUUGGAUAAGCAGUUUCGUCCUUUACCAGUAAACCAUGAAGGGGAUCCCCGCCGAAAUAUCAUCAUGUGGCUGGACCACCGGGCGGUCAGUCAGGUCCACAGGAUCAACGAAACCAAGCACAGUGUCCUGCGGUGUGUUGGCGGUGUGAUGUCCGUGGAGAUGCAGGCCCCGAAGCUUCUGUGGCUCAAGGAGAACUUGAGAGAGACUUGCUGGGAUAAGGCGGGACAUUUCUUUGAUCUCCCAGACUUCUUAUCGUGGAAGGCAACAGGUGUCUCAGCACGAAAAGAAGAUGUGUUAGAGAUUCAGCAUGUGUUUGUGUCUGGGGACGUAGGUGACGGGAG